UUGCUCCAUGUGUACGUGUGUACGUACCUAGAAGUUCUGCUGGCGCUUGCGCUUGAGGUGUAUGGCGUCGAGGAUGGGGCGGCGCUUGGUCUCGUAGCGCGCGCGCAGCUGCUCGAUGUCCGCCUCCAUGUGUACGUGUGUACGUACCUGCGGCUAGAAGUUCUGCUGGCGCUUGCGCUUGAGGUGUAUGGCGUCGAGGAUGGAGCGGCGCUUGGUCUCGUAGCGCGCGCGCAGCUGCUCGAUGUCCGCCUCCAUGUGUACGUGUGUACGUACCUGCGGCUAGAAGUUCUGCUGGCGCUUGCGCUUGAGGUGUAUGGCGUCGAGGAUGGCGCGGCGCUUGGUCUCGUAGCGCGCGCGCAGCUGCUCGAUGUCCGCCUCCAUGUGUACGUGUGUACGUACCUGCGGCUAGAAGUUCUGCUGGCGCUUGCGCUUGAGGUGUAUGGCGUCGAGGAUGGAGCGGCGCUUGGUCUCGUAGCGCGCGCGCAGCUGCUCGAUGUCCGCCUCCAUGUGUACGUGUGUACGUACCUGCGGCUAGAAGUUCUGCUGGCGCUUGCGCUUGAGGUGUAUGGCGUCGAGGAUGGGGCGGCGCUUGGUCUCGUAGCGCGCGCGCAGCUGCUCGAUGUCCGCCUCCAUGUGUACGUGUGUACGUACCUGCGGCUAGAAGUUCUGCUGGCGCUUGCGCUUGAGGUGUAUGGCGUCGAGGAUGGGGCGGCGCUUGGUCUCGUAGCGCGCGCGCAGCUGCUCGAUGUCCGCCUCCAUCUCCGCGUCCAGCCGCGCCAUGCGCGCCUCCAGCUCGCCCAGCGACAGGAACGCCAGCUGCCACAGCGCGCGAAUGUACCCCGUGUCGUGUGCUACUAG